GAGCUGCUGCUGCCCAAGUGAUCACUCGUCCCAAGCCACCCGCUCACUCACUAUGGGCGUUUCCAGCUUUGGCAACAAGAUAAGAUAGCUCACAGGAGCAUGAGCCACGGGGCAAUGGGAGGGCGCUGCUUCCUGAACCUCCUCCCCUGCUCCACGACCCCCUGCAAAGACAGCGUCGGCGUCGGCAUCGGCACGCCCGGUUCGUCGUCAUGCCGCCACUCCGUCCACCACCACCGCGCCAGAGCGCGCGGCCCGAGGAGAAACGCGGCCGCCAGGGUGUCCUGCUCCGCCGCCGCCGCGCAGGCGCCGCCGUCGCAGAGCACAAUCAAGGUGGUCAUCGUCGGCGCGACCAAGGAGAUGGGGAGGGCGGCGAUCGCGGCGGUGAGCAGGGCGCGGGGGAUGGAGCUCGCGGGCGCCAUUGACACCCAGUGCAUCGGGAUGGAUGCAGGAGAGCUAAGUGGCAUGGAAGAAGCCCUGGAGAUCCCGGUGCUCAACGAUCUCACCAUGGUUCUCGGCUCCAUAGCGCAGGUAUCGAUUAGCAUCUUCAUCCGUGGAAUGAUGAUUUAUCUAUCAUGUGCUUCUUGUCGGGUGCGCGUUUCACUGACCGCAGGCAGAUUCCGCUCUUUUCAGACAAGAGCGACCGGUGUGGUUGUUGAUUUCAGUGAACCUUCAUCUGUCUAUGACAAUGUCAAGCAGGCAGCAGCAUUUGGCUUAAGCAGUGUCGUAUACGUUCCGAAAAUCGAGAUGGAUACAGUAACUGAACUGUCAGCAUUCUGCGACAAGGCAAGCAUGGGUUGCCUGGUCGCGCCAACGCUGUCGAUCGGCUCGGUGCUCCUUCAGCAAGCUGCAAUCCAGGCCUCAUUCCACUACAACAACGUGGAGAUAGUGGAAUCAAGACCUAACCCAUCGGACUUGCCAUCGCCAGAUGCGAUACAGAUUGCGAAUAACAUAUCUGAUCUUGGUCAGAUCUACAACAGACAAGAUAUGGAUUCCGAUAAUCCAGCAAGAGGUCAGGUACUUGGAGAAGAUGGGGUGCGUGUGCACAGCAUGGUUCUUCCAGGGCUUGCGUCGAGCACGUCGGUCGUUUUGUCGGGCCCCGGAGAGGUUUACACCUUGAAGCAUGAUGUUACAGACAUCCAGAGCCUAAUGCCAGGACUGAUUCUGGCAAUACGGAAGGUGAUACGCCUGAAGAACUUGAUUUAUGGUCUGGAGAAGUUCUUGUAGGAAAUGAUCAAGUCACAUUCACAUAUCAUGAGAACUAGAGAUAAGUGCCAACGACAAAGCGGAUCCGAGACCUAAGAACGCGAUGCAGAGUUUCGAAAAGAAUGGCUCCAUGCAUAAGAUGACACUUCUGAUAGAGGUCUAGACAAUGAGCAAGCUGAUGACAAGCUCUCAUGUGUAUACCUGGUGGCUUACUAUACUGUUAGAGGCUUUUUCAGAACCAUACUCAUAGAGAUAAAUGAUACCGGUCACGCUAUGAUGCGGGUCCUUUCCGGUGUA